AGGGUGAAAGGUAUGUAAUUUUUAUGAAUAGGAAAGAAAGGAAAAAGCAGCGACAUGCGCGGUAAUGACAAUGGGGAUUGACAAGAUCAUUUGAAAUGUUGACCUGCCAUUCCCGAAACCCUAGAGGCCUAUUAGAAGAAAGAAUAAUAUUAAUAAUAUUCCGUUUCAUUUCAUUUCUCCCAUUAUCCUACGCGCCCUUUUCUUCUCCAUUUCCAUCUGGCUUCCUCAUCUCCUUCUUCGGUUCCUGGAAUUCUCGCCUCAACGAUUUCAUUUCCAUUCCAUUCCAUUCGAUUCUGUUGAUUUCUCUCCCUAUUUUCGUCUUCAGAAUCUGAAUUUUCAGGUCCGGAGCAGUUAAGAGGAAGCCAGAUACAUGUAUACAGACGUGCUUCUUUGAUUUUCGUUUCUUUUGUUCGUUCAUCAACUAAGAUUUGUACGAGUUUUGUAAUUUCGAUCUUCAAGUUGGGAAGCGUAUUUGAUUGGGUUUUUUUUUUUUUUUUUUUCAAUUUUAUUACUCUAGCUUCUAUUCCUGUUUCGUUUGCCUCUCUGUAGUUUGUAUUCUAUAUUCCACGGAUUUUCAAUAGAUGGAGUUUUGUAUGAUUUGAGGAUUAGAAAGGAAGGAGAGUGAGGAGGGUUGGAUUUGAGAUUUGAAUCAGCAACUUUGUCAUUUCUGUGUUAUUUUAAUGGGGAAGCCAACGGGAAAGAAGAAGGAAAAUGUUGGGGAGAAGCCUGGGAAUGCUAAUUCAAAGACUGCUCGGCCUUCUGACCGGAACUCGAAGGCGUUCGAUGAAGACACGGCGAUUUUCAUAAACAUGUCCCAAGAGCUUAAGGAGGAAGGCAACCGGCUAUUUCAGAAGCGAGAUCAUGAAGGCGCCAUGUUGAAAUAUGAGAAAGCUCUUAAGCUUUUGCCGAAAAAUCAUAUUGAUGUUGCUCAUCUUCAUAGCAACAUGGCUGCGUGUUAUAUGCAAUUGGGAUUGGGCGAGUAUCCACGGGCGAUUAACGAGUGUAAUUUGGCGCUGGAGGCUCAUCCAAGGUACAGCAAGGCGUUGUUGAAGAGAGCAAGGUGUUACGAGGCUUUGAAUCGGUUUGAUUUGGCGUUGAGAGAUGUCAAUACUGUUUUGAGCUUGGAGCCUAACAACUUCUCUGCGUUAGAGAUUUUGGAUAGUGUCAAGAAGACGAUGAGAGAAAAGGGUGUUGAUGUUGAUGAAAAAGAAAUUGGUUUGGCCAGCGUAAAGCUACCUCCCGGAGCGCAUUUGCGAAAGGUAGUUAGGGAGAAACUAAGGAAGAAGAAGAAUAAGAAAGUUGAUGAAAAGACAGAUGAUAAGUUGAUCGUGGAGGAGAAGAUUGAUCAAGUGAUUCAAGUUGAUCAGGUUGAAGAUAAGGAAGUUACAAAAAAUACUAUUGAGGAAGACAAAUUGUUCAUUGAACCGAUUGAGGAAAAACCGGUCUCAAGGACAGUGAAGUUAGUAUUUGGAGAAGACAUAAGAUGGGCACAGUUACCUACAAACUGCAGCAUAAAAUUGGUGAGCGAGAUAGUUCGCGACAGAUUUCCAAGCUUGAAGGGUGUUCUUGUGAAGUACAGAGAUCAAGAGGGUGAUCUGGUUACAAUUACUACCACAGAGGAGUUAAGGUCGGUUGAAUCAUCUAGUCAAUCGCAGGGUUCACUUAGACUUUACAUCACAGAGGUUAGUCCUGAUCAGGAACCUGCCUACAAGGAAAUCGAGAGCGAGGAGAAGCAUCCAGAGGCUAUUGAUAAAAGAAAAAAUACAGUGGUGAUGAAUGGGGAUUCCGUAAAUGACAAAGAGAUUGUAAGGGGAACGACCACGGUUGAGGAUUGGAUAGUCCAGUUUGCACGAUUGUUCAAGAACCAUGUUGCGGUUGAUUCUGAUUCAUACCUGGAUCUUCAUGAGCUUGGAAUGAAGCUGUACUCGGAAGCGAUGGAGGAUUCUGUAACAGGAGAUAGUGCACAGGAACUUUUUGAAAUUGCUGCUGAUAAGUUUCAAGAAAUGGCAGCUCUGGCAUUCUUCAACUGGGGCAAUGUUCACAUGUCCAGGGCAAGGAAGCAGGUUUUCUUUCCGGAAGACUGUUCGAGAGAAACUCUACUUCUACGGAUUAAGGAUGCAUAUGAAUGGGCACGAAAAGAAUACAAAAAAGCCGAAAUGAGAUACGAAGAAGCUCUAAAUGUAAAACCUGACUUCUAUGAAGGUUUCCUUGCACUUGGGCAGCAGCAGUUUGAGCAGGCUAAGCUUUGCUGGUAUUAUGCUAUUGCUAGUGGAAGCAAAAUCGAUUUGGAAUCGAGCUUCUCCACAGAGGUCUUACAACUUUAUAACAAGGCCGAGGACAGCAUGGAGAAGGGCAUGCUGAUGUGGGAAGAAAUAGAGGAACAACGCCUGAAUGGACUCUCCAAAAGUGAAAAAUACAGAUCUGAGUUAGAAAAAUUGGGAUUGGAAAAACUAUUCACUGAGAUACCUGCUGAUGAAGCUGCAGAGUUGGCUUCAAACAUGAGAUCACAGAUAUACCUUUUAUGGGGCACCUUGUUGUACGAGCGUUCUGUCGUGGAAUAUAAGAUCGAGCUACCAACCUGGGAGGAAUGUUUGGAAGUGUCGGUAGAGAAGUUCGAACUUGCUGGGGCUUCCCAAACAGAUAUUGCAGUUAUGAUAAAGAAUCAUUGUUCCAAUGAAACAGCACUGGAAGGUUUCGGCUUCAAAAUCGAUGAGAUCGUACAGGCAUGGAAUGAAAUGUAUGAUGCUAAAAGAUGGCAGUUUGGCGUUCCAUCUUUCCGCCUCGAGCCUUUAUUUCGACGUCGGGCUCCAAAACUUCACUUCACUCUCGAACAUUUUUGAGAGUUGUUGUCAAUCGGGGCAUUCUUUAUAAGCAAUAUUUCAGUUUUCUUUGCAUCAAAUUUUCUGGUGUUCUGCUUCCCAUAUAGACAAAAGAUGUUUUACGCCAGACGUUAUGGUUUUUCGAUUUGCUGUUUACAUGGUCAGAGUGUAAGUUUGUUUAUAGUAUUAUUCAUUUGCACUUUCAUUCAAGAGAAGAUUGGCGAUUCAGCAACAAAGAUAUAGUUAUAGAACUAUUCAUUAUUCAUCAACGAUUCUAUAGGGUGGAGGAAGAAACUUUAAUUUUGAAUUUGAUUUAUGAGAUUGAAUAGAGAGAAAUUGUUGUUUGUGAAAUUUCAAGAGCAGGUUGUUUAUGAUAGAGAGUGUCAAAUUGAUUGUUUUGGAAUUUGAAGAGUGAUUGUAAUGAAAUUAUAUAGCUACAUCAAAUUAUUUUUUUGUUACAUUCCCACGUAGAAAAUUCUCUU